GUACUGUAACAUAAGAAAAGAAAAAAGAAAAUGGCUAUUACUAAUGGCAGGGUUUAAGAAUGCAAGGGUUUUUGUGUUAUCAUUGAACACUGUAGAAAUUAUAAGGAGCCGCCUAUAGUAGAGUUAGAGUAGUUACUCUCUUCAUCGUAUCGUACUAUACUCUCUGCACAAAUGGAGCAUGAUUUCAUAGACGACGAUUUUGGAGAACUUUACGCCGACCUUCAACUUCCACCUUCUCCACAACAACAACAACAACCGCCACAUCAUCAUAAUCAUGACGGCGGCGGCGCCGAUUUAAACAACAACAACGACGACGCUGAUGCCGACGACGAUGCAAAUGAUGAUUAUAUUGAAACGGAUAGUGACGAUGAUGGUUUAAAAAUACUGUUGAACGACGAUGAUUGUCCUCGUGCUGGUGGUGGUGGUGUUUCCGUUGCUUGUGAUGACGAGAAUGUUCAUCGUGAAGGUUUGGACAACAACGCGGAGGAGGAGUACAUUCAUCACUCCAAGAUUGCUUCGGAGUUUGUUACUUCUGAUGCACAUGGUGGUGGUUACGGUAAAAAUGGUGCCAAAGGUGGAUACGGUUCACAAUUUUUUCGUUCUAAGUUUAUGAAGACUCAAGGAUCAAUGUUUGUGAAUAAUAAUACGAAGGCAAGUAAGUCAAUGGGGUUGAAUAAAGAUUGUUCAUCUUUCACUCAAGGAAGAGGGGAUAAUAUUCAGAAUCAGAUAUCAAGCUCAAGUUACUUUGGUGGAUCUUUUCUUCCUCGGCAUUGGAAUAUAUAUGAUGUAAACAUUGAUAAAUUGGAGGAGAAGCCAUGGAGGAUUCCUGGAGCUGACAUAACAGAUUACUUCAAUUUUGGUUUAAAUGAGAACACUUGGAAGCAAUAUUGUUCGUCUUUGGCAUCCACACAGGAGCAAUUUGAUCAACCUGUAUCAGGGAGCUUACAUUCUCCUUCCUCAAAAUGUCAAGUGCCAAAGGGCAGAGCAAUACAAGUUGAAGACAGUGUGGUUGAGCGCCAGCCAUCCAUCCAUUUGAGGCGUCCGCGCAGUAUAGAUUCUGAUGUUAUUAUACAGAUCAAGGUGCAUGGGCCCUCUGACAACAAUUCUGGUUCUGUCAAGAGCAGCGUACACGAUUCAUCUGAAGAGGGGGAUUUAAUUUCAGGCAAUAACAGAAACAAAAGCAAUUCUUCUAGUGAACAUGAUGUUUUAUCUGAAGAACAUAUAGAAGAUGCUAAAAAAUCAGAAGAGUCGUCUGGUCAGGAAAGAAAUGACCCAAUUCCUGAUGUGGUCAAAGUUCAGCAUCCAGAUGAAGAGGACCGAAAUUCCGACGAUGGUAAAGUGCUGGAGGAAGAAAUGAAAACAGAAGAGAGAGUUGACAUUGACACAUGCAGUGCAAAUCCAUGCUGGAGUGAACCAGAAUUAUCACUUGGUGAUCAAGAACUUAGUCUGACUUAUUCUGACAGUGGUUCUGAAGGAACUGAAGAUGUUAUACAUGUUUAUAAUGAGAAAAAUCAGAGCCCUUUAAGAAGUCAUUUGGUGAGUUCUGACACCGGCAUAAAGGAGUCUUUGUCACUUUAUGAUAAAACCUCAAAGAACAUUAGUGUCAACAGAAAACCAGUAAAUAUAUCUUAUUAUUCAAGAAAUAGAGGUCCAGUACAACAGGAUCAGAGGCAUCAAAGGGGUAGACAUAUCCCCGGUUCUAAGCUGAAAAAGCACAUAGAAAAUGAUAAUAAUGUCUCUCACAUCCCCAGAUCCAGUGGAAGGAGUCAGUCUCCCUGGGGUCAUCAAUUUGUUAAUUACAGAUCCGAUGAACAACUGCAAUAUUUUGGAAAUCACGAAAGAAAAGAUGUUUCAUAUAAUUGGGAAACAAAACAAACAAACUAUCAUGGUGCUGACAAAAAUGUUGAUGAACUGGAUCAGGCAGUUUACAGUGAAUAUUCAGAUAGGGAAAAUGAAGACAGAUUCAGGGAGAAUGGAAAUCAAUAUAUCAGAAAAAUUGGGGAUAAGAGGGAGUCUUAUUUUGAGCGACGAACUCUAAUAAAAUAUAAUGAAGACAACGAUUGGUAUCCUACUAGUAGAAAACAUUAUGUCGAUGAUGACCCGAGUCUCCUCUCGUAUAGGGAGUCAAGGCAGUUUCUUUCGAAGCAUUCCUCCUUUCCUGCUAACGAUAGAGAAGGUCAAAGGAGGAUAAUGCAUCACAAGCCUCAUUUUAAGGAUGGAAACUGUGAUUAUGAUCGAUGUUUUGAUGAAGAUGAGUUUGAGGUUUUAAACAGAAGUUAUAGAAGGCCCUCUACUUUUGCUGAGAGAGAAAUGGAAUAUUUGAAUAAUACACAUGAAGAGCAGUUUCUACAAAUUGAUAGAUCACUAGAAAGAUAUACAGGAAGGGGUAGACAUCAUGACAGGCCCCCCUUAAUUGCGGAUACCCUGUGGUCUGGGGAACCGGAAGAUGAGUUCCCCAAAUAUGCACAUAAUCAGAAUUCAUAUUUGAAGUACCAGAGGCAAUCUUAUACCGAUUCAGGGAGACAUUAUAUGCAUAGAGUAAAUGAUAGUUUUAGGGGAGAUGAGAGACAUAACCAGGCCACCAAUAGAGGCAAUAACUGGCAUUGUGAUUAUACUGAUGCUGCUGAAGAUGAAGAUUGCACAACUUCUCCUGUAGACGACUGUGAGUUUUACCCUCUUCCAUCUGAGGUUCCACACUGGACCAACAAUGACAAUAUUGUUUGGCAUGAUGGAUUUUACCCUGACGAGGAUGCAUUAUUCUACGACAAAACUCCAAGGCACGGAAGGCAUGCAAGAAAUGGAACUAUGCAUGCUAGGGUGCAAAGAUAUGAUAUAAAAUUACAGCAGCAUCGGAUAAAUUUUUCAGAGAGAGAUAGAAACAGCUUUUUUAAAAGAAGCUCUAAGGUUAUGAAUGGAGAUCACUGUCGUCAGACAGUGCUGAGAUGCAGGAAAUCAGUUGACAUGAUUACUUGGGAAGGAAAGUCUGCAGAAAGUUCCAGAGUGAUGUGCAAUGAUAGACUUGCAAAUGUGGAUCAAGGGAUUGCUGCGAAGCGGAAAGCUUUGGUUGGUUUUGAUGAUUCUCGUAAGAAGGCUAUCAAAUUUGACAUCUCAAAAUCUCAGUGUGACAACAAAAAUAAGAAAUUACUACAGAACAUUCCAGAUAAAAGGCAGAAAAAAGGUUUGGAUAUAGAAGAAGGUGAGAUACUAACAGACGAACCAUCCACGGAGGUUUCUGUAUCCAAAAGAGGUGUUUCUGAGAAUGCAGCACUUGCUGACAGUGCAAAGAAGAGAAUCUCACAAAAUGGAAAUAAUUCUGAGCUGCAGACAACUAAUUUUGACAGCCAGAAGAUUCUUGAUACAUUAGCUAAAAUGGAGAAACGUAGGGAGCGCUUCAAGCAGCCCAUCAGUGUGAUAAAAGAAGCAGAAAAGAGUUUGAAGCCAAACACUGACUUGGCAGUUGGUAUUGGUGAAAUAAAGCAAAAUAGGCCAGCUCGAAAGAGGCGCUGGAACGGCGGUUAGUUUUUCUGUUUGUGGAAUUCAUUAUUCAUUUGAAUUUGAUAAACAGCAGACAGUUUUGUUUGAGGAACACUGAAUUGCAUUAUUGAAUACUUGGGGAGGGUUCUGUUGUUUUUUUUUACUAUAUUUCUGCAGUAAUGUCUGAGAAUUCAUGUCUAUAUUGUGUACACUGAUUCUUGGGCUUUGAUAGACAUGAAGUUUAAUGUAACAACGAAGGUUGCUCAGUGACUUUGGUCAUGAAGUUUUUAAUUGUGGAAACAGCUUCUCUUUGCCGAAAGGUUGCGUUGCAUACAUUUGGCUAUUGGUGUAAAUUUUUCUAUUCAAUUCAA